UUGUCAUACCUUUACGGUAAAUGUGUUGGGUUCUGUUUGGACUGGAGUCAGCGUGGCGCUCUGCGAGAGACAUACUGCCUUGGAUCUGUAAACUAUUGGAAGGGAAGUUCCUUGUCUACAAGGAGUCAUAGGUCGUAACCGCCCCCCCCUAUCAGCCAUGAGCAGCAAACCCCAACCCCCUCUGAUGAAGAAACACAGCCAGACAGAUCUGGUGAGCCGGCUGAAGACCAGGAAGAUACUGGGCGUCGGAGGAGAGGACGAUGACGGAGAGAUACACAGGUCGAAGAUCAGUCAGAUGCUCGGAAAUCAGAUGAGGUUUGGCGUACGAGAGCCAAUAGGCCUCAGGAUAUGGAUUCUCAUGUCUGCUGUUCUGUUCACAACCAUAGCCUUAAUAGCUCUAGUGUUCCCCAGUCAGCUCUAUGAGUUUGUGUUUGAGCUCAGGACCACCAGGAUCUCCAUCAGACUCUAUGGAGGAGCACUACUCAGUGUCUCAUUGAUCAUGUGGAAAGGUCUGUACACAGCAGAGAAGGCCAUUAUCCAGUGGACCCUGCUGACCGAGGCCUGCCUCUUGUCUGUCCAGUUCCUGGUGACCAGCAUCACCCUCGUGGAGCUGGGUCUGAUGUCAAACUCUGCCAUCCUCCUCCUCCUCAGUGAAGUCCUCUUCCUCAUCAUCACACUCCUCUACUACUACCACCUGGGUCGCAGGACCAAGAAGACCCAGAACCAUACACAUAGUUCUGAUUAGACCCAGAACCAUAUACAUAGUUCUGAUUAGACCCAGAACCAUACACAUUGUUCUGAUUAGACCCAGAACCAUAGAUAUAGCAGUUCUGAUUAGACCCAGAACCAUAGAUCUAGUUCUGAUUCGACCCAGAACCAUAGAUAUAGCAGUUCUGAUUAGACCCAGAACCAUAGAUCUAGUUCUGAUUCGACCCAGAACCAUAGAUAUAGCAGUUCUGAUUAGACCCAGAACCAUAGAUAUAGCUCUGAUUAGACCCAGAACCAUAGAUAUAGCUCUGAUUAGACCCAGAACCAUAGAUCUAGUUCUGAUUCGACCCAGAACUAUAUAUAUAGCUCUGAUUAGACCCAGAACCAUAUAUAUAGCAGCUCUGAUUAGACCCAGAACCAUAUAUAUAGCUCUGAUUAGACCCAGAACCAUAGAUUUAGCAGCUCUGAUUAGACCCAGAACCAUAGAUAUAGCAGCUCUGAUUAGACCCAGAACCAUAUAUAUAGCAGUUCUGAUUAGAGCCAGAAGCAUAGAUAUAGCAGUUCUGAUUAGACCCAGAACCAUAGAUAUAGCAGCUCUGAUUAGACCCAGAACCAUAGAUCUAGCAGCUCUGAUUAGACCCAGAACCAUAGAUCUAGCAGCUCUGAUUAAACCCAGAACCAUAGAUAUAACAGCUCUGAUUAGACCCAGAACCAUAGAUCUAGUUCUGAUUAGACUCAGAACCAUAGAUAUAGCAGCUCUGAUUAAACCCAGAACCAUAGAUAUAGCAGCUCUGAUUAAACCCAGAACCAUAUAUCUAGCAGCUCUGAUUAAACCCAGAACCAUAGAUAUAACAGCUCUGAUUAAACCCAGAACCAUAGAUAUAGCAGCUCUGAUUAAACCCAGAACCAUAGAUAUAGCCCUGAUUAGACUCAGAACCAUAGAUAUAGCUCUGAUUAGACUCAGAACCAUAUAUAUAGCUCUGAUUAGACUCAGAACCAUAGAUCUAGCUCUGAUUAGACUCAGAACCAUAGAUCUAGCUCUGAUUAGACUCAGAACCAUAUAUAUAGCUCUGAUUAGACCCAGAACCAUAGAUCUAGUUCUGAUUAGACCCAGAACCAUAUAUCUAGCAGUUCUGAUUAGACCCAGAACCAUAGAUCUAGCAGCUCUGAUUAGACCCAGAACCAUAGAUCUAGCAGCUCUGAUUAGACCCAGAACCAUAGAUACAGUUCUGAUUAGACCCAGAACCAUAGAUCUAGCAGCUCUGAUUAGACCCAGAACCAUAGAUCUAGUUCUGAUUAGACCCAGAACCAUAGAUCUAGCAGCUCUGAUUAGACCCAGAACCAUAGAUACAGUUCUGAUUAGACCCAGAACCAUAGAUACAGUUCUGAUUAGACCCAGAACCAUACACAUAGUUCUGAUUAGACCCAGAACCAUAGAUCUAGUUCUGAUUAGACCCAGAACCAUACACAUAGUUCUGAUUAGACCCAGAGCCAUAGAUACAGUUCUGAUUAUACCCCCUCUCCCCAAACAGUGUUAGAACUAUCAAUUUGAUAUCAUGGAUGGUCAGUCCUUGCAUCCAUAACUCUGUCUUAUGAAUUUGAGAGUGUUUACAAAUCUCCAACCCCAUCCCUCAGCUUUUAACCAAAACAGUGGUGGGGUGGACACGUUGUUAUUGUUUCAACUGCAGAUUGCCCCUUGACGGUCUGUUUAGAUAAAACCCAACCUUUAGAUUGUGCCUCCAAAGCAGCACUCCAGUCAACGUGACUGCUUGGUGCUCACGCUGCCCAAAUGGCCCCCUAUUACUUACCCCACAUAGGACUCUGUUCAGAAGUAGUGCACUAUAUAGGGAAUAGGGCUCUGGUCUAUAGUAGUACACUAUAUAGGGAAUAGGGCUCUGGUCUAUAGUAGUACCACUAUAUAGGGAAUAGGGCUCUGGUCUAUAGUAGUACCACUAUAUAGGGAAUAGGGCUCUGGUCUAUAGUAGUACCACUAUAUAGGGAAUAGGGCUCUGGUCUAUAGUAGUACCACCAUAUAGGGGAUAAUAGGGUGCCAUUUUUCAUGCACACUUCGAUCCCAGUUUCGUUGAGACAGCCCCAACCACUUAAAUCCAUUGUGUUCACAGAUAAAGCUCUGGUUUCAUUUUGUUUAGGAAAGGAUCUUUUUAAAUCUGAUUGCCAAAUAAUAAGGUGAUUGUAUUUUGCGAUAUGCCACAUAUUACAAGACACGUAAAUACACAUGUGCUAGUUACUGAACAUGUACCUGCAGACAGAGAACAGUGUUGUUUUCAGACUGUCUCUUCUGUAGAUACCAAGUCCCGUGAGUCAUGUAGAACUUGUAUAAGCCUGUUUGGGGAACCUCGAGUUAGGGGCAGAACUUGUGUGUAGAGAGUGAACAUACUUUAAUUGGCAGUACAAGAUAUGUAUUUUAAGACACACAGCUUUGUCUGUUCAUGUAGGUCUGGCUCAGAGAACGACUACUGUUGUUUAAUGUCCUCCUUCAUGUAGGUCUGGGUCAGAGAGUGUUGUCUAAUGUCCUCCUUCAUGUAGGUCUGGGUCAGAGAGUGUUGUCUAAUGUCCUCCUUCAUGUAGGUCUGGGUCAGAGAGUGUUGUCUAAUGUCCUCCUUCAUGUUGGUCUGGGUCAUGUUCAUAUUGGUGCAAAACAGAAGAAAAAAAACAGAGUGAAACAGUGAGGUACUUACUUACCUGUUCAAUAAGAAUCGCUCUUGUCAGUUUUUUCCCGUUGCGUUCCCUGAUGAACGCACCGCUGGUUUUGUUCUGUAGUAAUAUAUGUUGUAUUAAAGGACAAUAACACUGGUUUUGUUCUGUAGUAAUAUAUGUUGUAUUAAAGGACAAUAACACUGGUUUUGUUCUGUACUAAUAAUAUAUGUUGUAUUAAAGGACAAUAACACUGGUUUUGUUCUGUACUAAUAUAUGUUGUAUUAAAGGACAAUAACACUGGUUUUGUUCUGUACUAAUAUAUGUUGUAUUAAAGGACAAUAACACUGGUUUUGUUCUGUACUAAUAAUAUAUGUUGUAUUAAAGGACAAUAACACUGGUUUUGUUCUGUACUAAUAUAUGUUGUAUUAAAGGACAAUAACACUGGUUUUGUUCUGUACUAAUAUAUGUUGUAUUAAAGGACAAUAACACUG